AUGAUAGUUGAAAAAGAAACAGUAGUCGUCAAAGAUAUAGUAAAAGAACAUGACGACCUGACUAAAAGUAAUACUUCCGAGACUGCUACAGAGGAGAAUGAAGCUGUAACAGAGGUGAACACUGAACAAAACCCUCUAACAGAAAAUGAGCAACAGGCGAAUGAAGAAAAUGUUACUGCCGAUAUAGAGAACGACGAAGACGAGGAAGCAGAAAAUCAAAGCAAUGAAGCAACUGCACCUACACCAAUUGCCUUACAACAGACAGAGCCACCAUCAAUUCCAGUCUCGAAAUUCUUCCCUAAUAAAAUCUAUCCAGAAGGUGAAAUAUGCGAAUAUAAAAACGAGGUUACGAACGAAGAAAAGCGACAUUUGGAUAGAAUGCAUUUUGAUGAUUAUAAUGAGAUUCGUCGUGCCGCAGAAGUGCAUAGACAAGUUCGUAAAUAUGCACAGAAAGUCGUAAAACCCGGCAUGACAAUGAUUGAAAUAUGUGAAACUAUCGAAAAUGGAACACGUAACCUAAUAGAAGAGAAUGGGCUGCUAGCAGUUUGCUACACUCUGUGGUCAGCCGAAUAUAUUUAUUUGUAUUCAAUGGUUGAUAACAAUUUUUAUGCAAACGAGAUUAUUCUCCUAGUUACUCACCGUCAACUUUUUCAACAUAAUUUGAUUGGUGUUGGAUUCCCCACUGGAGUCUCGUUGAAUCAUUGUGCCGCUCAUUAUACUCCGAACUCGGGAGAUAAGACGGUACUUCAAUACGACGAUAUUUGUAAAAUCGACUUUGGCACUCAUAUAAAUGGUCGAAUUGUCGAUUGUGCGUUCACACUCGCUUUUAAUCCUGUUUACGAUCCUCUUAAAGCAGCAGUCAAAGACGCAACAAAUACUGGCAUCCGAGAAGCUGGAAUUGAUGUACGGCUAUGCGACAUUGGUGCUGCCAUUCAAGAAGUUAUGGAAAGCUAUGAAGUAGAGAUUAACAAAAAAACUUAUCCAGUAAAGUCUAUUCGUAAUCUGAAUGGACACUCGAUACUUCCGUACCAAAUCCACGGUGGUAAAUCUGUGCCUAUCGAAGGUGAAUAUUUCGCUAUUGAAACAUUUGGGAGUACUGGAAAAGGUUUCGUUCAUGAAGAUGGUGAAUGCAGUCACUAUGCCAAAAAACACGACGUCGGUCAUGUUCCUCUAAGAGUUGCUAAGGCGAAAUCACUGCUAAACACAAUUAAUAAAGCAUUCGGAACACUGCCGUUCUGUCGUCGUUAUUUGGAUCGAAUAGGCGAAACUAAAUACACGCUCGCACUAAAAAAUCUAGUUGACGCGGGAAUAGUGGAAGCUUAUCCGCCCUUGGUAGAUAUUAAAGGCUCGUAUACUGCUCAAUAUGAACACACUAUUGUUCUGAGACCUACUUGUAAAGAAGUGGUUAGUCGAGGUGACGACUUUUAA